AUGACUUCAUCUCCUUCGGCCCAGUUGCCAGAUUACUGGUCUACUCCCGAGACGCUUUCUGCUAUUCAUCCUGCCUCUUUGCAGCUAACUCCUCAUUCUCCCACGCACAUCAAGCCCACAGUGUACCCCACAUCUAUUCAGGCAUCAACAUCUAUGGGGACUACUCCGCAAUUCGAAAUGACUUAUUUGACCUCCACUGUACUCUUAGUCACUCAAACAACUCCUUAUGAAGAUAUACUCCACACAGCUAGAACCAAAUCGAGUAUCACUUCACUUAGUGGAAAGCAGACGUCAGUUUCCGUAUCAGCAGUCGUUUCGAGCCCACUGAGAUCUGUGUACUCAUCUUCUGCUGUUCUCCACUCCCUUGUUCUAUCAGACUUUGAAACUUUAAACAAACCGACGUGGAAGUUGACUUCACUACUUUCUAAAACAUCAGCGAUGUCUUCGUUGAAGUCAUCAUUGCUCGUGUCUGAAGUUCCAAAGUCUCUCAACUCAAAUGCAAUGUCCCGAGUUGUGGUUACUCCGUAUCCGAAUACUCGAGUGGCCACAAUGGCUAUCCUCACGAGUGCAUCCAUGGCCGUGUCCUCUAUCAACGGGAGCAUUUCCAAAGCUGAUGUCAAUAAGGCCAAUCAUAGUACAGAAAUUUCUACUGAGCCGCACGUCCUGAUUUCGUCCAUGCAGUUCAUGUCUCCUCCUACUCACUCGUUCCCUGCUCCUUCUGUCGCCGCUACUUCUGUCCCCGCUCCUUCUGUCCCCGCUCCUUCUGUCCCCGCUCCUUCUGUCCCCGCUCCUUCUGUCCCCGCUCCUUCUGUCCCCGCUCCUUCUGUCCCUACUCAUUUUGUCCCUGCUCCUUCUGUCGCUGCUACUUCUGUCCCCGCUCCUUCUGUCCCUACUCAUUUUGUCCCCACUCUUUCUGUCUCCGCUCCAUCUGUUCCUUCUCUUUUUGUCUCCGUUUCCUCUGUCCCUGCUCCUUCUGUUUCCGUUCCUUCUGUCCCUGCUCCUUCUGUCUCCAUUCCUUCUGUCCCUGCUCCUUCUGUCCCCGCUCCUUCUGUCCCUGCUCCUUCUGUCUCCGUUCCAUCUGCCCCUGCUCCUUCUGUCUCCGUUCCAUCUGCCCCUGCUCCUUCUGUCCCCGCUCCUUCUGUCUCCGUUCCAUCUGUCCCUGCCUCUUCUGUCUCCGUUCCCUCGGUCCUUGCUCCUUCUGUCUCCAUUUCCUCUGUCCCCACACCUGCUGUCCUCGCUCUGUCCAAAACGGCGACAAGGGUUCAUGAUAUCUCUUCCAGCGCUCAGUUCACUGGACGUCCUCGAGUUCACGUCUCAUCGGAUCGCAUUAUGAGCGCCCCCAGCCGCUCUCGUGUGAAUCGUUAAUUGUUUACAUUUCAAUCAUGAAUUAGCGAGGCCACGAUAAACUGCUGGACUUUCCUCUAAUCCAACUACUCAAGCACUCAUUGCCAAUGAGGUCGACGUUCAUGUACUUUAAUAUAGCAGAAACAUUACUAAAUAAUUCAAGUAUCAACCAUAUUUCAAUGUAAAAUUAACUUCAUGUACACAUCCUUCAACUAACCCUUACAUUCCAUGACUUAUUACCAUUUAUGGUUAUAAAUCAAACUAGAAAAUUAGUCGCGAUAUUUUGAUAUGAUUUAUUUUAUUUGAGUGGAGAUUAUCCCAUUCCCCCAUUAAGUCCCUUAUUGAAUAUUUUAAAGUUAAAUAUCAAUUAUUUAAUACCCCUUAGUCCCACGUCCAUCAUUAAAUAUUUUGUGUUCAAAAUGCUGGGAUGCGACGAAACUUGGGUAUGCAUUGAUAUCCUCUUGCUUCUCCAGAGAAGUAAUCGAGAUCAGAUACGGGCAGCGCUAUUAAAAUUUGUGAUUAUGAGUGCCAGAUGUUGGAAGCUAGUGAUUCUGUGAGCGUAUUCUGAAUGUUUAUAUUUUAGUAAUAAUAAGUUCGAGCUUUUACAGCAAAGUAGUCACUAAUAUAUAUUCCUUCGUAGAGUCUAGACGUCUCCCACAGCUUGCAGCUUCUGAGUGUCUUCAAUGCCUAGUGAGAAUCGUUCUAUUGCUUCGACGAGACAGCCGCCGGGAGGUUAGCUUUUGUUACCUAUAUGGUAAUUAAUCAAAGUAGGGGCGAAAGGGACUGCGUUCAAAUACUAAUUUAUUUUUAACUUCAAGUAUGAAACCAGCAUAUUUAGUAUACUAAUCUCAUACCUUAUAAGAUACUAAUCUUGGAUAUGCUCGUCAUACGAUAGGGCUCAUACAGGUGGCUUCGCCUUCCACGUUUGACUGCGAUCUGGGACCUGAUUUCAAAAUGUCUCCUAGCCACAAUGGCGUACAUGCUGCUCAAGUCGUGAAGUAACCUAUGGAUUCUGGUUAAGCUAAGAGAAAAUUGAUGUUGUCCAAAUCCGCGAUAAUUUCAAAAGCGCUGACCAAAGGUCAAGGUGUCAUGGCAGCUUAAAAAUCUAGUCUCGUAUUAACAUGUGUAAAACGACCAUCAUUUUAGUAUAGGAAAUGAUUUCGUCUGGUGCAGCUCUAUUCUUACACUAAUUUUGACAAGACUCGUAUAGCUGCAUCCACGCUGUGCUGAUGAUGGGGCGGUGCCGGGGUAUGACCGUGUCGUUGAUGCGGUUGCUUGCCCUGCUGUGUAAGCAGCUCGUGUCAUAGGUAGAACCGCUUUUCUAAUCAGUUUAUCGUAAAGUUGUGGGAACUUUCGGUGUUCACUAUCGUUUACAUGCACAGCUACUGUACGUUUUAGAAAUUACUGUCUUUGUA